GCCCGGAAGUGGUUUGGACCGGCUUUUUCUUCCCCGGGAAUCCCGCUUGGGGAGGCCGAGGAGACACCGAGCUCUCUCCGGACCGAGGACAGCGGAGACGGGGGCGCCGGGUUGUGACGCUGCUUCCGGUGGACCUGGGCUUAGGGAUUGGCGGCUGCCGGGAGGCGCUGCCAGGCCUGGGCCGGCACUGGGGCCGAGCUCGGGGUCUGGGAUUGGGCAGGAAGCGCUGACAGGUCGGAGAGGGCAGGCCGCCGGCACGGCUGAGCGAUGGCAACGGCGGCCGCAGGCCGGCUUCUUGGCGCCUGGGCGCUGCUGGUUCAGCUGCUGGGACUGGGACUCCUGGGCCCGGGCCCGGCCGGGGCGCUGCACAACGUCACGGGCGAGCUGUUUGGCCCCGAAGCCUGGGGGACUGUGGCCGCCUUUGGGGACUUCAACUCGGACAAGCAGACGGACCUGUUCGUGCUGCGGGAAAGAAAUGAUUUAAUCAUCUUUCUGGCAGACCAGAAGGAACCCUAUUUUAAACCCAAAGUAACACUAUCCAUGAAGAAUCAAAGUUUAUUGAUAACAAGUGUAGUUCCUGGUGACUAUGAUGGAGAUUCACAAAUGGAUGUCCUCUUAACAUAUCGUCCCCAAAAUCAUGCGAACAAUGAGUUAUUAGUUGUUAUCUUCUGGGGACAAAAUCAGACAUUAAAUCCUCACAAUAAGACUGUUUUCAAUAGGACAUUUCAUGAUGAACCACUAAUUAUGGAUUUCAAUGGUGAUUUAAUCCCUGAUAUUUUUGGUGUCACAAAUGUAUCUAGCCAACCACAGAUACUGAUGGGCGGGAAUUUGUCAUGGCAUCCUGUACUGAAUACUCAAAUUAACAUGCGAAUACCACAUUCUCAUGCAUUUAUUGACUUGAAUAAAGAUUUUACUGCAGAUUUGUUCCUUACUACAACAUCAGGUUCCAGUACCUCUCAAUUUGAGAUAUGGGAAAAUAAGGAUGGAAAUUUUUCUUCUGCCAGUUACAUAAUUCAGAAGCCCCAAAACAUGAAGCUGGUUGGUCAGUCAGCAUUUGCAGACUUUGAUGGAGAUGGACAAACUGAUCACUUAUUGCCCGGCUGUGAAGAUGAAAAUUGCAAGAGAAGUGCCAUCUACUUAGCUAAACCAGGAAUGACUAAUCAGUGGAUUCCAGUGAUACAAGAUUUCAGCUACAAGGGCACAGUCUGGGGCUUUGUGCCAUUUGAUGAUGAACCGCUAUCGGCUGAAAUACCCUUUCCAAUUACCCUUCACAUUGGAGACUACAACAUGGAUGGCUAUCCAGAUGCUCUUGCCAUACUAAGGAAUACAUCUGGAAGCAACCAGCAAGCUUUUUUACUAGAAAAUGUCCCCUGCAAUAAUGCAAGCUGUGAGAAGGCUGGUCGUAUGUUUAAAGUCUACUGGGAGCUAUCGGAUCUUAAUCAAAUCAAAGACGCUGUGGUUGCAACCUUCUUUGACAUUUAUGAAGAUGGUAUCUUAGACAUCAUUAUUCUAAGUAAAGGUUAUACAAAGAAUGAUUUUGCCAUCCAUACACUAAAAAAUAACUUUGAAGCAGAUGCCUAUUUUGUCAAAGUGAUUGUUCUCAGUGGUCUCUGUUCUAAUGACUGCCCUCGUAAAAUAACACCCUUUGGAGUGAAUCAGCCUGGACCUUAUAUCAUGUACACAACUGUAGAUGCGAAUGGCUAUCUGAAAAAUGGUUCAGCUGGGCAGCUCAGCCAGUCAGCACACUUAUCUCUCCAGUUGCCUUAUAAUGUAUUGGGUUUAGGUCGAAGUGCAAAUUUUCUUGAUCACCUUUAUGUUGGCAUUCCUCGUCCACUAGGAGAAAAGGCUAUACGAAAACAAGAGUGGACUGCAAUCAUCCCCAACUCCCAGCUCAUCGUCAUUCCAUAUCCACACAACGUUCCUCGGAGCUGGAGUGCUAAACUAUAUCUGACCCCUAGUAACAUCGUACUGCUCACUGCCAUAGCUCUCAUCGGAGUCUGUGUUUUCAUCUUGGCAAUAAUUGGCAUAUUACAUUGGCAGGAAAAGAAAGCAGAUGAUAGAGAAAAACGCCAGGAAGCCCAUCGGUUUCACUUUGAUGCUAUGUGACCUGCCUUAAGUAUGUGAUAAUGAAGCUGCUGUUCAUUUGCUUAAUCAAAAUACUAACUGCUAGCUUGAAGAAGGGAUUUGGGAGAGGGCUAUUUUGAAUGAUCUAUUUAUAAAUAUUGCAUUCCUUAGUAUUUAUUUGGUUAAGUAUUAAGGUGUAAAUGUGUCACAAGAUCUUUUUGGUAAGCACUUUGUAUGAGAUAAUUUUUGGUCUCUGUUAAAUAAAGUUGUACUUUUUUUUUCAUGGUCAGGGUCCUACUGCAUGUACUGUGCUAUUUAUAAACAGAAAAUCUUCCAAAAAUAAUGACAGAAAAGGCAUCAUGUGUAAAUAAAAAUAAUUUAAAUGAGUAA